UUCAGUCGAGUGUCAACUUUUGAAACGACAAAAACUAAUCGUAAAAUAUUUAACAUUUUACCGUCCUAAGCUAUCCUAUUUACUACAAAAGUGUAUGCCGUGCUAUACGAUAAGUUCUUAUUAUCACAUUUGCUCGUUUAUUCCUUUCUAAGGUCCAAAAUAUUAGGCUAAAAGUGAACAUGCUUUAACGCUUCUGAACGACGUUCGUGUAUUUUCCGCGAAGUCCAGCUUGAAAUUUUUCCACAAAAUGCCUCCAAAAUUUAGUCGGACGACCGACGAAGACAGAGAAUAUGCUCGAACUUCAGAAAGGGUUACACUCCUUGACUUAGAUGAUUCUGAUGAUGAAAGAAUAUUCUCUGGACCAAAUCCAUACAGAUCCAGCGAGCCAAAAGUAAAUGAUAAUGUUGCGAAAGUUAAGAAUGAAAUAAAGAGUGUGGUUAAUGUCAUGCAAAAUAACAUAUCUAAGGUUUUGGAUAGAGGAGCAAAAUUGGAUGAUCUUCAAGAUAAAUCUGAGAACCUAGAGACAAGUGCUUCUCAAUUUAGAGUAGGAUCAAGGAGAUUACAGAGGAAAAUGUGGUGGCAAAAUUGUAGAUUAAAGCUUGUCUUUGCCUUUGUGGUAAUUAUUUUAUUAGUCAUCAUAAUAGUUCCAAUUGUCAUGAAGAAGAAGAAGAAAACAUAAAAACAAAUGAAUCUAUACAAUUUUUACAGUGAGAAGGUAGAAAUAAUCACUAAUCUCUCAUGAUUUUAGUAAAUAUCAAUAUAUAUUAGACUGGUAGUUAUGCUCUUGCAACUAUAUUUGUAGAAUUCUAUCCUUUCCCUUGUUUUUACUUUCUUUCAUCCCUUUCUUCCCUCCCUCCCUUCCUUCCUUCCUUCCUUCCUUCCUUCCUUCCUUA